AUGGGAGAUACAAAGACUGAACCGUACGAUGAGGACCUUCUUGACUAUGAAGACGAAGAAGAAAAGGAGCCUGAAAGUGCUAAUAAAGUCAACGGUGAAGCUGUAAAGAAGGGUUAUGUUGGAAUUCACAGUUCAGGAUUUAGAGAUUUUUUGCUGAAACCAGAGCUUCUUCGAGCUAUUGUGGACUCUGGAUUUGAACACCCUUCUGAAGUGCAACAUGAGUGCAUACCUCAAGCUAUACUUGGAAUGGAUGUGAUUUGUCAAGCUAAAUCUGGAAUGGGAAAAACUGCUGUAUUUGUUCUUUCUACCCUGCAGCAGAUUGACCCUGUUGCAGGGCAAGUUUCUGCACUUGUCCUAUGUCAUACAAGGGAAUUAGCAUACCAGAUAUGCAACGAAUUUGAAAGGUUUAGCACCUACCUACCUGAUCUGAAGGUUGCUGUCUUUUAUGGUGGUGUCAACAUUAAAGUUCACAAGGAUCUAUUGAAGAAUGAAUGUCCUAGUAUUGUUGUUGGUACACCUGGAAGAAUACUUGGAUUGGCGAGGGAUAAGGACCUUUCUUUGAAGAAUGUUAGGCAUUUCAUUUUGGAUGAAUGUGAUAAGAUGCUAGAAUCUCUGGACAUGAGGAAAGACGUCCAAGCUAUUUUCAAGAUGACACCCCAUGAUAAGCAAGUUAUGAUGUUUUCUGCAACACUCAGCAAGGAAAUACGACCUGUCUGCAAAAAAUUUAUGCAAGAUCCAAUGGAAAUUUAUGUUGAUGAUGAAGCAAAGUUGACCCUUCAUGGACUUGUGCAGCACUACAUCAAGUUGAAAGAGGAGGAGAAGAACAGGAAGUUGAACGACCUUCUUGAUGCACUGGACUUCAAUCAAAUUGUUAUUUUUGUGAAAAGUGUUAGUAGAGCAGCAGAACUGGACAAACUACUUAGAGAGUGCAACUUUCCAUCUAUUUGCAUUCAUUCUGGAAUGUCUCAGGAAGAACGGUUAAAGCGUUAUAAAGGUUUUAAGGAGGGUCAUACAAGAAUUCUAGUGGCAACAGAUUUGGUUGGAAGGGGAAUCGACAUUGAACGUGUGAAUAUUGUCAUAAACUAUGAUAUGCCGGAUUCUGCUGAUACAUACUUGCACAGGGUUGGCCGUGCUGGAAGAUUUGGAACCAAAGGCCUUGCAAUUACAUUUGUUUCAUGUUCGACUGAUGUUGAUGUUCUCAACAAUGUUCAGUCCAGGUUUGAAGUGGAUAUAAAGCAGCUUCCUGAGCAGAUCGAUACAGCUUCCUACAUUGCAAUGGUAAGGAAACCUCGUGAUGAUUUAAGAGAAUAUGAAGUCCUACAUUUGAUUUAUCAUAAAUGUGGAAUGCAUGUUGAUGUGGCUACAAACGCCCCUUUGAAUAAAGAAGGAAUUCCAGUGACUGGGAACAUUGCAGUAGUUGUUGGUGGAGGUUAG